GGAAAGAAGUGGGGAGAGGGCUCCUCAGAGAGGUGGAAGCCAAGAGAGUGGCGUUUCUAAGGGAUUUAACCUUCUACCCUCGGCUACAUGACGCCACCCCUCCCUCCAAAGACUGGAACUGCGCCUCCAUUUUUGUUUUGGGGCAGAGGCAGGGGCUCCCGGGUAGGAGGGGGUCAAAGGAAACGGUGAUUAUCACCCGCCAAGGGGAGGGGUGCUCUCCCUUCCUUUCUCUCAGUCUGCACCCCGGCAUCUCCUUCCACCUUCUCGGGGUCUCCCCCCCACCCCCGCCCCUUGUUGCUAAGGCCCGGACCGUCAUCCCAGCAACAGCCUCAGUCAUGUGACCGGCAAUGGCGGCGCUGACGAGAGGAUCUCCCUCUGCACUGGGGGAAAAGAGGAGUUAGCCUGAUGAAGUUCCUUGAGCAACUUGGAGAGGAUUCUGCAGGGGAGGAGAGGAAAUAGAAGAAAAUUGUCUUUCUGGGCUGGCUGAGGAAAUGCCAUCAUAACUCUUUGCCUUCCUCGUCCCCAGCCCUGGCCAGCUGAUGGUGGAGGUGGAGGGACGUCUGCUACUUUUGUCUCCGUGGUCUUUUCAGGCCACACGAUCUCCAAGUAUCAGGGGGAAAAGAGAGUGAGCCUGCAUGCCAAUUCUAAGCUCUUCCGGAUCAAAUGUCGUUCGUCCUGUCCAGAAUGGCAGCCUGUGGAGGCUCCUGCAAGAACAAAGUCACUGUCUCCAAGCCUGUGUGGGACUUCCUGAGCAAGGAGACCCCAGCCCGGCUGGCCCGGCUUCGGGAGGAGCACCGAGUGUCCAUCCUCAUAGAUGGCGAGACUUCUGACAUCUAUGUGCUCCAGCUGUCCCCACAGGGUCCUCCCCCAGCCCCUCCCAAUGGGCUCUACCUGGCCAGGAAGGCUCUCAAGGGGUUACUAAAAGAGGCAGAGAAAGAGCUGAAGAAAGCUCAAAGGCAGGGGGAGCUCAUGGGCUGCCUGGCUUUGGGGGGUGGAGGGGAGCACCCGGAGCUGCACCGCCCAGGCCCACCUCCCCUCCGAGCAGCCCCACUCCUGCCCCCAGGGGCAAGAGGGCUCCCCCCUCCUCCCCCUCCCCUGCCCCCUCCACUCCCUCCUCGUCUCAGAGAAGAUGCUGAAGAGCAGGAAACCACCUGCCCCAUUUGCCUGGGGGAGAUACAGAAUGCCAAGACGCUGGAGAAGUGCAGGCACUCCUUUUGUGAGGGCUGCAUCACACGGGCCCUGCAGGUGAAAAAGGCCUGCCCCAUGUGUGGCCGGUUCUACGGGCAGCUGGUGGGCAACCAGCCCCAGAACGGGCGGAUGCUGGUCUCCAAGGAUGCCACCCUCCUGCUUCCCAGCUACGAGAAGUACGGCACCAUUGUCAUCCAAUAUGUCUUCCCACCUGGCGUCCAGGGGGCUGAACACCCCAACCCAGGAGUUCGGUACCCUGGUACCACACGGGUGGCCUACCUCCCGGACUGCCCCGAGGGCAACAAGGUGCUGACCCUGUUCCGAAAGGCAUUUGACCAGCGUCUCACCUUCACUAUCGGCACGUCCAUGACUACAGGGAGACCCAAUGUCAUCACUUGGAACGACAUCCACCACAAGACCAGCUGCACAGGGGGACCCCAGCUGUGCGACUCUUCCUCAUCUCCCUCUCCAUGGCUUCUCCCUUUCACCAUUUCUAAUUUGGGGGAGCCAUCCACCCUCUCAGUCUGUUUUCAUCCUGGUCCUGAUGCGUUCAGCUUAACACCUCCCCUCUCCUCCCCUCAAAAAAGCAUAUUCUGGCCGGGUUAUCUCGGUUUUGGAGGUCCCUCCUCGUGGGAAAUGGGAGGGGUCUGAAUUUGGCCCCCACUGAGUCACUCAAAAUGAGGGUGGGUAAGGACUGUCAAGUCCACACAACUAACUCUGAUCCUCAUUUCUCUUUGCCCCAGGUUUGGGUAUCCGGACCCAACCUACCUGACUAGGGUGCAAGAGGAGCUGAGAGCCAAGGGUAUCACAGACGACUGAAGGAUGGCUCUUUUGCCAAGGCCCCCCUGCUGUCCUCUGUUAGGAUCCAACGGAAGCCUCUGCUCCUCUCUCUCUGCCCCCACACCACCCAUGAGGGGUGUGUCUGACUGGGGUGGGAGCUCAGAGGGGAAGGGGACACAGUCCCUUCCCCUGACCCCCACUGGCCAAGUGCUUCAGUGCCCUUCGAGCCACUCCCCUCCUGCAGGAGCUGGUUUCCAAGGCUCCCCUCCCCGCACUCCGUGUAUAUACUCUCUCUGCCCCUGCUUCUCCAGCGUCCUUGGCUUUUCCUGGUAUGUACCGUGCUCCAGUGACUAAGCUGAGAAAGGACCUGGGUAGGAAGGAUGGGGUCUCUUGAACUCCAGUCCCUGAAUCCUGUCUCACCUUGGACUGAUAUUAGCUGCCUCCCCCCAGCCAGCUGUGUGUUAAGAUAACAGUAUUCCUACCUUAACGGGUCCUUUCUCUCCGUGUCUGUCUCUGUCAGCAGUCUGUCUUUCGCUCUUCUCUGCCCCUAUAAGGAGCCUCCUCAUCUCCCUUUCCUGAUCUGGAAUUGCUGCCAGAUUGUAGCUUUUAAUUUAAUAAAAAUAAAGUGAAAUAUGCAACUCUAU